ACAAUUGACCUGCAGGAUGCCCUCUAACAGGCAUUUGAAUGAUGCUGUAAAGCUGUUUUGUGUGUAUUUUAUCUUUGUUCAGGUUCACGUCAGUAUUUUUCUUUUAUUAUCAGUCGCCGUGGAAUCUUUGUGUGAAUCGUGUUGUUGUAUGUGGCGUUGUUGCACCUCACUCUCACACACAUUAUGUUCGCUCCUGUGCCUAAUCUGAGAAUAGAAAGGAUACACGCGCACGCAUACUGACAAUAGGCCUGGACUCACAAACUCUCACAACUCUUUUUGACUACUCGGUUGCCAGGAAACUUAGCCCGAGUCUUUAAGAGUGAAGGAUAAUAAAAGAUUUGUUGUGUGUGUGUGUGGCCUCUGCCACUGUCUGGGCUACUGGGGGGCAGUUCGUUAACUCUCUGUGGGUGUGUGUGCCUGCAGUCAGGGCUGUUGGCGUUGAUUGCUUCUUACACGUUGCCAGCUUAGAAUAACCUCUGGACACAAACUUCAGCCACAAAUCGGCCGAGUCUCCUGUAGACGAGAGGCAGCCAUUGCUAAGACGGAAUAGCCAGAAGGUGAGGAUUUGUUUGAAAUGUCACACAUUUGAAAGUGGUGUUUCCAACACCUCAGAGCUGGACUCUUGGGACAACAUACUACAGACACCCAUGACAGAAUGAGAGGUGAAAUUGAAUGGUCUGAGCUGUAACCAUGGGAACGAGAAUGGAGGUGGCACAGCUUGAAAGCAGAAUGAACGCUGAGGAUUAUAGAAAGUUACAGAACCUUUUCCUUGACUUCUCAGGUGCAUCCCGCUCCUUGUCCCGAAUUCAGUUCAUCGAUCUUGCCUGGUCAUCAGUUGGCCACGGGUCCGAGGAGGAAUAUGGCUUCUUGUUUGACAGCGUGGUUCUCAGUCAGCAGCGCAGUGGCCUCCUCCUGGACAGCGACACCUCAAAGGAGAAAGAGUGCAUUGACUGGGGAGGCCUGUGCUCAUUUCUGCUGAUGGAGCUUUCCAAUAAAUUAAAGAACAGCAAAACUGUUAGCGCGCCUUGCUGGAAGCCACCACGCACCCUCACCUGUCCACAUCGAGACCCUGUUCAAAAGGUGCUGUACCUGCAGAGUUCAGGUCAGUAUCUCACUGUGAGUAAAGGAGGAAACGUAGGACUGCGGGAUGCGGAGGACAUGUCCCUUCUGCACACUCAUCGACUGCAGAACAGCACAGUCGCACCCAAGGACCUCUGGGUCACAGAUGUGGUGCUGCUGCAAAACGUGGACAAGUCUCAGAUAGCUGUGGCUUUCACAAGUAAAGAGGUGUGUUUCUAUGACUUCGUGUGUGAAAAGACCUUCAGCUGCAAGUGUAAACUCCAGGGCUUGAACUUUACUCCUUGGUGUCUAGACUACUGGGUAGAUCCCUGUAACCCUGACCAGGCUGUUCUCACUAUAGGAGACAUUGGAGGACGGGUCAGUGCUUUAUAUUUCACCUCAGCCCAGCUCUUCCUGUUUGAGAGAUUCAGUCUGAGGACAGACUCUGACUCAGCAGACAUCAUCCUUUGGGAUGAUCUGGCCAAAGGCAAGCACCGCUCCUGUUACACCGUGACACACCAAGCACACGCGCCUGGCUGGGUUAGAAAAGUGCGUUACCUGGGCUCACUUGAGGCCUUUGUGUCGUGCAGCAUCGCACCACAGAGCAGCAUCGUGAUUGGCUGGAGGGAAAAGGAAAGCACGAGCCUACGAAUCACUUCUUACUCUACAAAGGACGGUGUGUGGGACGUCGACUUCCAUAUUGGACUCGGCCUGUUAGCCACAGCAGGUGUGGAUCAUCACGUCUUGCUGUGGAAUCCUUACGUGACCUCUGAGCCGGCGUGCGCCCUUGGUGGACACACAAGCCCCGUCAUUGCUGUCUGCUUCCUGCAGACCAAGCAACAACUCCUCAGCUACUCCCAAGAUAAGGUGCUCUGUCUGUGGGAUGUGUCCAGCCAGCUGUGCACACACCGUCUGGCCGGUGUCUUUCCAAACAUACAGGGGGACACACACCCCUUCCUGUUUCUCAAUGAGGAGCGCCAGCACCUUGUGCUUUCAUUCAACAGCCUGCUUCUCCUGCUGGAAUCCAAGAGGGAGGAGAAGAAGACCAGUAGCCAUGAACGUCCUGUUACCUGUGUGCUGUAUAACAGUCGGUUCAGACAGGUAGUCAGCAGCGACUCUGCCUCCUCUGUGAUCUUCUGGCUGACUGACACAGGACAAAAGGUCAAGCAGUUCCACCGUUGCCAUGGUGAUGCUGAGAUCUCCACCAUGGCCCUAGACGUUACGCAGACCCGACUGUUUACCGCGGGCGCCGACGGAGAGGUCAAAGUGUGGGACUUUAACGGCCGCUGCCUUCACAGAAUGAAUGCCGGCCUGGGUCGUGCUGUCAGACUCUCUCAGGUGUUGUUGCUGAAGAGAAGCAUACUGGUGAUGGGCUGGGAAAGGAAGUUAACAGUUUUCCGCCUGCAUUCCUUCUUGCAGUCUACUGUUGAGCCCUGUGAGUGGAAGGGGGGACUCCAGCAUCGCGGUGCUGUACUGUGUGCCGCGUUCCAGCCCCCACAGACUCUAGUGACAGGAAGCUACCAUGGCGAGAUCAUAGUGUGGAACAGCAGCACAGAAAAAGCUUUGAGGAAACUCCGGCCACAUGACGAAGGGGAAGACUGCAAGAAGCAGCAAGAGGACUCUGAGAGCUGCGAUGCCAUCACCAGACUGUUCUUCAUUCCAGGACGCACAUCUGUAACAACUGCAGGCGCUGCAGAUUUGGUGUCCUGCGGGGGUUCAGGUACGGUCAGGCUCUGGAGCACCCAGCACGCCCGUCUGGUAGGACAGUUCACAGCCCACGAAGGGGACCUGGGAUCUAUUGUAAUAGCUGUCAGUCCCUGUGGAGAAUAUUUAACCACAGCUGACAGGGAAGGGACAGUCAAGAUAUGGGACGUGAAGUAUUAUUGCCUCACACCAGGUGAAGGAGUCAACAAAGAACUCCCAAAACUGCUAUCUAGUUUCCAUCCACACCUCGACCACGUGACUCACCUGGAGAUGUGUUUACAUGGCGAUAAGCUCCUCCUCCUCUCGGCAUCGUCAGACUGCAGUCUGGCUCUCAGUUACCUGCCUGGAGAGACCGUCGGUUUUUUCGGACAGAGUGAUCCUUGGUGUUUGGAGAGACCUGGAACGCAACAGGAAACGGAGCAGGACCAGAGUGACCGAGAAAGGCAAGAAAACACCGGACUAGAGAUCACCUCUGGCAAGCAGCGAGACUAAUGUUAACCAAGGACACGACUCUCCUGCAGAGCGAGGACAACUGGGGAUAAAGGAUCAGAAAAAGGCCAAAAGAGACAAAAGAGAAACUAAAGUGGUUGCAAGAGGAACUUUAUUUAGCUGAUUUGAGUUCUACAUGAUUACAGUUGUUUUAUUCCUGGACUGAAUAAGUACUUGAAAGAAUGAAUAGUUUGCUUACUUUAAAAAAAUACACUGUAAUGGUUUCGCUAAAGAAACUACAACAUGUGUGCCAAAUGAGUA